UUCGAUAACUACUGUAAACAUUUUAGUUCAGUUUUUUCUUACCAAUUAAUAAAUCAAUGAUUAUGGGAAGGAUUCUAUGUCCAUCUUGAAAUGUUUAUUCAAAGUCUAUUUUCGACAUGAGAGUAACACAAAAUAAGCUCUACUUUUCCACGUUUUUUUGCUCAUCUUUCAUUGAGAUAUCAAUAAAUAUAUACUUUUCUGUGAAAUGGAUGGAAAUAAUUGUAAUUCUGAUAAAAUAACAAUAAAAGUAAAGAUACCGGGUGAGGAUUAUCAUGUUAUUUCAAUCGAUUGGUCAAAUGAAAGUUUGGAUUUCAGAAGACAAAUUUUCCAACAGCUUGCUGUAUACACCGGGAUACCAGUUGAAUACUCAGAGAUUAUCUGGGUGAACCGACACCCAAUGAGGAGUAUAACAAUUAAAAACAGGCAAUUCAAUGAAGUAUAUAUUGACGAUCGAUUACCAGAUGAAGAUUCCCAGGAAAAUCUAAUGAAUUACUUUCACGAUGGCGAUUUUUUUAUGCUCAAUACCUAUUUAAUCCCAGGAGAUAAUGGCCUUUAUAAUGUUUAUAUAAUUACUAACAUUAAUUUGAUCGACGAAACUGGAUUUACACAUUAUAAUUGUCCUUACUUGGCCAGUAGAGCUAUAAACGAUAGAAUAGCAAAAUUGAUAAAAUCACAUUAUAUACAAUCAAAUAUGGAGGGAUGGGUUAGGCGAGGGGAGUUUGAAAGGAUCCAACUUGAUUUGAAUUUUAAGCAAUAUUUUUUAUUAAACUGUUCGGAAUGGCCGGGAGAAAAUAUUCCCUUUGAACUUCCUUAUCUGCGAAAUCGUGGUUGACUUUGCUUUCUCGAAGUGCAUUUUGCUA